UCUUACUUUUCUUCGAGAUAGGUUUUUAUCCUUUUAUUAUUAUUAUUCUAAGGAAGAGCUGCUUAUGUUUGAUGUUUGCAACUCACUCAUUUGGAUAUUACAAAGCCAUUCUGUCUCAAGACUGUGCGAAGAUGUGUCUUUUGAAGUCACAGUAGAUGACUGUGAGGAUUAGUCCUGAGUGUUCUGGUUAAAUCAUGUGCUUUCUGACAUGUUACAGUGUUCACUGGGAGUCUUUCAGUAUAGAUACCUGUAGUAUUUGCAUAGUUGUUUCUUUUUCACUGCUUGUUCAUUUCAACUCAUUUCAUGUUGUUCUAUUUAUGUGCUGCUAGGUUGGGAUGAGUUCAUUCCCUGAAGAAAACCAAUUAGUUGAAUAUAAAUUUCAGGUGCCCUGAGCACCCGUUAGCAUGAACCUGACCCUGGAAACUACCCUUCUAGUUCAGUUCCUGUAGCUUUGCCAUCAUUGUAAUCCAAGUGGCUGAGUGGUGUUGGAAAGAGGAAUUGAAGAUAGAAGCAAGCCAGACUGGUAAAUCAUCUGUUCGUUCUGCUGUUUGGAAACUGAGGCAGGAAUCAGAUUUCAGUUUCCACUUCAGAUUGCAAGCGUCUGUCAGUUGGUGCACUAGUGGUGUUUAAGGGACCAGGAAAGUACCUGCUCUGUGUCUUUGAGUGUUUAGGGCUGGGUACUGCAUUUCCACAUUUCCUUUGUUUAAAAAAAAGAAGAGGAAAAAAAAAAAAAGAAAUUGUUGCUGAAAGCCGAACACAUGUUAAUGGGGUAUCUCUGAAGAGGAAGAGUGCUCAAGAGGCAUUUCUUUUCCUGUAAUGCAAAGCAGGGCUGCCAGCAAGUAGAACUGUUAAGGAAAAAAUGAUAAAAAUGAUAAAAAUGGAGGUUUGCUAAUUAAAUCUCUGGAUGAUUCAAGUAAGUAGACACAGAAUCCCUCUGCUCAGUUCUUCAAAAUGCCUUCCCUGCCCUGAAGUGUCAAUGCUAAGCAAUGACUAGUGUACCAGUAGAUCUUUUACUAAAUCCUUUUUAGUCAAGAAAUUUAGCUUACCUGUACUGUUACUGUUUGGUGACUGCAGUCAUGCUGGGUAGAAUGUGCAUUAUGCAUGUUCCAGUGUUUCUUCAUACCUUCUGAUUGUAGCACUGAAGUGGAGUAGUUUCAUAGAACAUGAGUAUGUUCAGAAAAAUGUCUGGUGCUGGAAUCAUUAGCAGAUGUGUGUAAUAUUUUUGAGCAAAUUUUGUACAAACUGGGAAGAGUGUUACUUGCUGUGAUCUGAGAUGAAAUAAUAGCAUGUAGUGUUCAAUAAGCUGGGGAUUUCUAUCGGUUCUGAUUCAGGGAAAUAACAGUGUGGCCUUCCUAAGAGUUUUUUAAAAACACAUUUGUGGUCUAACUUUUCCUAUUUUCCUUUGCCUUGGCAAUAGAUUAGGCAGGUUCUUAACCUCUUCUGUUACGUGUAUUGUAACUUCUCUUGCAAUAUUGCACUGACAGUUUGAUGAACGAAGGCCAAGAAAUCUGCUAGCUAUGCUUGAGCAAUCAUGAGGGAAGGGAUGAUAAAACUCAACAAAGUUUUAUUCAUCUGCUGCUCAUUUUUCUUCACAGCCUUGUAGCAGGUAAAUAUUAACAAAGUAAUAAAAAACACUUGCAGUCUUUAUAAAUGUAUGUGUUCUAGUGUUGAGAACAAAUAGUUGGUGAGGGUAGGACACGCAGAGAGUUGUCUUUCCAAAGCCCAAUGUUGUGGGUCUUCUAGUCUCCACUAACAAGUUACUUCAUGUUCCCCAGAGAGAGAAGUCAUGGCCCAAAGGAGGGUUCAGUGUUGGUAACUCUCAGCUCUGAUUUUUGGGGUAACAAAUCGCCAAAGUUCUCUUUUAAUGUUCUCUCAUCGUUCAGGCUGGAACGUUUCUUCCAGGUCACAGCUGCAGGAGUGGAUUUGUUGCUUCAUCUGUGUUCUCUCUGAACGCAGCCUGUGCUGGGACAAGUACAGGGAGAACACUGUGUGUACCCUCCUCAGCUCCUGCCAGGGAGCAAUCUCCUGCGUCAGCAGGAUUGAUUUGGUGUAUUAAAAACUAGUGAGCUGAAGGGUCCAUGGAAGUCUGGUUUUGUUUUCCCCAAAUGAAUGUAGUGUUCUGUGUUGUGCUUGGGCAGGGUUGCAAAAAGUUUGUGAAGAAAAGAAAGAAGUUCAUACUGUUAGAGAACAGUAUAAUGUAGGCCUUUGAUAUCAGUUGAUAAAGCUGAGACAGUUACGUUAUCAUAGGAAAGCCAGAGACUGAGCAGAAACUCAGUCAUCAGAGGUGUUGGGUUACUUUGCUGAUGAAUUGAGUUACACAGGUUGCAUAAGAAACGCUGUAUGAAUUAGCAGACUUUUGGAAGAGCAUAGGAAUACUGCAGAGAAGAUGUUCAUAAAAUUGAUUUACUCGCAGAGUUUCCUGAAGUGAUGCCUCAGUACUACAUAUCUGUCAAGAUUAAAUGAGAUUUGGGGGCCGAUAACGUGUAGGUGGGGGCACUACUGUGCCCUAAGGAUAGGUUUGUAAUUUCAUUUGCAAUCACACAGACUAUAAUUACUACAUUUGCCUCUGAUUAAAAAAACAGGUCAAAAAAGGAACGAAUUGUGCUCUCUGUAUGCAGAGGGGAACUGCACUGCUAGAAGAACUUUGAAACACCUUCAGACUUCACACUACUUGCCUUGUGGCUGCUCUGCGUGUUAUUGAUAGAAAUAAAGAAGCAUUUAAAGAUGACAACCUCCUGGAGUGACCGACUCCAGAAUGCAGCAGAUCUCCCUGCAAACAUGGAUGGGCAUGCUCUGAAGAAGUACCGCCGGGAAGCCUAUCACCGGGUCUUUGUAAACAGAAGUUUAGCUAUGGAAAAGAUCAAGUGCUUUGGCUUUGAUAUGGAUUAUACGCUUGCUGUGUAUAAAUCCCCUGAAUACGAAUCUCUUGGAUUUGACCUGACCGUAGAAAGAUUAGUUUCCAUUGGAUACCCUCAUGAGCUGCUCAAUUUUGUGUAUGAUCCUGCAUUCCCUACCAGAGGCCUGGUGUUUGAUACCCACUAUGGAAACCUGCUGAAAGUUGAUGCCUAUGGAAACCUCCUGGUGUGUGCACAUGGCUUUAAUUUCCUCAGAGGGCCUGAAACACGGGAUCAAUAUCCGAACAAAUUUAUCCAGAGGGAUGACACAGAUAGGUUUUACAUUCUGAACACAUUGUUCAAUCUACCAGAGACCUACCUGUUGGCUUGCCUCGUGGAUUUCUUUACUAAUUGUGACCGGUACACUAGCUGUGAAACAGGGUUUAAAGAUGGAGACCUCUUCAUGUCAUUCAGGAGUAUGUUCCAAGAUGUCAGAGAUGCUGUUGACUGGGUUCAUUACAAGGGAUCGCUCAAGGAGAAGACCCUUGAGAAUUUGGAAAAGUACGUGGUGAAAGAUGGGAAGCUGCCACUGCUGCUGAGCCGCAUGAACGAAGUUGGGAAGGUGUUUCUUGUGACAAACAGUGACUACAAAUACACAGAUAAAAUCAUGACUUACUUGUUUGACUUUCCACACGGACCAAAGCCUGGGAGUGCCCAUCGGCCAUGGCAGUCCUACUUUGACCUGAUCCUGGUGGAUGCACGGAAACCCCUCUUCUUUGGGGAAGGCACUGUGCUGCGGCAGGUGGACACGGUGACUGGAAAGCUGAAGAUUGGUACCUACACUGGCCCAUUGCAGCACGGCAUUGUGUAUUCUGGAGGCUCCUCAGACACAGUCUGUGACCUGCUGGGGGCUAAAGGGAAGGAUAUUCUGUACAUUGGAGACCACAUCUUCGGAGACAUCCUCAAAUCCAAGAAGCGCCAGGGCUGGAGGACCUUCCUAGUGAUCCCAGAGUUGGCACAGGAACUACACGUCUGGACUGACAAAAGCGCCCUUUUUGAAGAGUUGCAGAGCCUGGACAUCUUCUUGGCCGAGUUAUACAAGCAUCUGGACAGUAGCAGCAAUGAACGCCCUGACAUCAGCUCCAUCCAGAGACGCAUUAAGAAAGUGACCCAUGACAUGGACAUGUGCUACGGGAUGAUGGGGAGCCUCUUCCGCAGUGGCUCCCGGCAGACACUGUUUGCCAGCCAGGUGAUGCGCUACGCCGACCUCUAUGCAGCCUCCUUCAUCAACCUCCUUUACUACCCCUUCAGCUACCUCUUCAGAGCCGCCCACGUCCUGAUGCCACACGAGUCCACGGUAGAACACACACAUGUGGACAUCAAUGAGAAGGAGUCGCCCAUGGCCACGCGCAAUCGCACCUCGGUGGAUUUUAAAGAUUCUGACUACAAGCGGCACCAACUGACCCGCUCCAUCAGUGAGAUCAAACCGCCCAACCUCUUCCCCCAGGCACCUCAGGAAAUCACACACUGCCAUGAUGAAGAUGACGAUGAGGAAGAGGAAGAGGAGGAGGAAGAGGAGGAGGAGGAAGAAGAGUAAGAAGGAAAAAGUAAAGCAUUUCUGAAGAUAACGUGACUCUAGCAGUGAUCAGGAGGAGAUUCCUAUGUUGGGGCCCUUGGGGUGAUGGGUUGGGGGUGUGUGAUUCCUGCAAAGGCACAUUUUGAAAGCGGCCGGAAACUUUCAACAAAUUAACACUAAUCAGGAGGAGACCUUUGUUUUCAGUUCUGCAGACGGUUCAACAAGCUGAUGGAUCUGCCUGGGUGGUGCACUCAGAUGGCACUGCCUGCCCGUGCUGUAAUGCUGCUCCCAUUCCAUUUGGGGAUGCUGCAUGAUUUUUCCUUUCUCAUGAUGUGUUUCCAUUUGAACGGUGUCCUGUAAACGGUUUUUGCCAUUUGUUACAUUCAUGUGGAGGAGGAAGGGAUGUGCUGAGCCCUGCAGGAAACACAACAAUCUAACUCCUGCUGUUGGGUUGCCGCCCUUUGCUCUCCUGCAUUCAAACCAACCCCACCAUGUUAGCCAGGGCACUGCUGUGGCUUCCAGCUCCACGUCCACCCCUGCUUGGCAAGAGUCUCCCUGUGAAUGGUUCAGUUCCUCCGUCCAUCACAGAUAGCAGCAGGAUUCCGGCUCUUACGUGCAUUUUGCAGCUGUACACAUUUCAGUUUGUAGGCGGUGUUGUCCCCUCCCUGUUUCACACUCUUUCAUCAGCAGCAUUCAGUGCCUGAUUGCCAGCGCGUUUCCCAAACAGCGGAGCCGCACGCUGUGUUCUCAACUCAACUCCUGUCCUUCCAACAGUAAAUAUUAACCCCACAGCUUCAAGCUACCGCUUUAGCAUUACAUUAGUUGGCUUGUCUUCCUCGCUGCCUGUUCCUGACCUGUGUCUGCUCAGCAUCCCAAAGACAAAACCAGCCGCAAGUGAAGGGCCCAGUCUGCUGUCUUCCAGCAUGCUGCUGGACAUGCAGCUCUGCCCUGCAAUAGAAAACAGCGUAUGCCACAGUGCUGGGCAGGAGGCUCUCAUCCACCCACAGCUCCAUUGCCUUUAGCCCGGUGCAGAGCACAGUGAUGCUGCGUCCUGGCUGAGGGGGUGACUCAUGGCUGCAAUGUGGGGACCGGUGUGGCUGAUGGUGCGGUUCUGCCAUUGCUGGUUUUUCUCUCUGUUCUGGAUGCAGCUUUCCUGACUCCAGCCUGUGCCGUUCACAUGUGAAGGGAUUACAGUGGGGGGGCCCUCUUGUAAUGAAUUCGACUGUUGUUUCAGUACCAUAAGCGCAUUUAAUCUUCUUUUUUUCUUUCCCCCCCCCCUAUUUUAAAGUACCUUAGGAGAAAAUAAAAAUAAUACACAUCACCACCCUCUGAGCAGGAAAUGCUGCUACUGAAGUGGCAGUUGUUCAAGUCAAUAAACCAUGAUGUUUCUAAGAAGUGCCUGGUGCAUUGUGGCACGGUGCUGGGCUGAGGGCUGGCCUGCACUGGGCAGCAGGUGGUGUGGGGCGCAGCAGGUGGGAAACAGCCCCAGCUGGAGGGGAAUGCCAGAGCCAACCCUGCAUCCUCACACUGAAGGCCGUGCUGGGAUUUGCUAUGUUUAACAAUCAUUUCUCCAAGUAGAGCCACUUGGAUUCUUCAGGCUUUAGCUCAGCAGCUGGAGAGGGCAUGAGGCUGGGAGCAGGGCGGUGUGGGGAGCUCUGUACAUUCCUUCUGCCUCUGUAGUCCCACAAAUAGCUUGCUCCCAGCCCAGGGCUAUUUCUGCCAGUGACAGGGAGAUGUUGCAAGGCUGGAGCAAUGGAAGGUAUCUGGCCCCCACUCACUGGUGGGAAAGCAGAGGCAGAGCCUGCCAGGCCCUUCUCCCUCAUCCUACCUUACCGGGCCCUGAAUCACAGAACCAUUGGGUCAGAAAGGAUCUUAAAGCCCACCCAGUCUCACCGCCCUGUCAUGAGCUGGGUGCCACCACCAGUUCAGGCUGACCAGGGCCUCAUCCAACCCGGCCUUGGGCACAUCCAGUGAUGUGGCACCCACAGCUCUCUGGGCACCAGAGCCAGAGCUUCACCUCCCUCUGAGUAAAGAAUUUCAGACAGCACAUGACAGCCAGUGCAGCUGCCAUCAGGAAUGUCCAACAGCUAACAGAGGCUAUCAGUCCCUGUGCCAUGCCCAGGUGUCUCUCCACCAAAAGGGCUGGGUGUGACUGCUCCACCAGCACCCACCUGUGGGACCAUCACUCCUCAUAAGCCGCUCACAGUGACCCGGUCCUCGAUGCUGGAACCACACAGCUGCUGCUCCAGAGAACACAUGCACAGAUGGUGGGUACAUCCUGGGUGCUGCCAGCACCGCCUCAGUCACACUACAGUGCAGGAAAAAAGCUGGGGUCUCAUCAGUCAAUAAAACCCUUUUUCUGCUAACUUUAGCCAGUGCAGAGUUGGCUGUGAUGCAGCCAGACCUUUCCUGCACCAGGACGGGCAGGCAAACCCAUCCCCAUUUCCCAGCCUCUUGUGCCCUCCCCUGCCCCAGGCUCUCCUGCCCCAUUCCUCUCCUCGACACUCUUAGUCUGGCCACUCCAAGACCCUGCACAACACACAGUGGGAAUGAGGUAGGGCCAAGCAGAUGGUGUUCCCACUUCCCAAAAAACAAAUGUGAUGUAUGGCAAGCAUGUUGUAAAUAAGGGACUUUUAUUGGAGGAAGAAAAAGGCCAUCAGCCUUGAGGUACCACUGCCUUUGCCACCCCCGGCUGCAGAAUGGACGGCCCUCAGACCCCAGUGCAAAGAACACAACCUGGCCCUACAUGAUCUGGCCUCUCCAUGGCUCCUGACAACUGCUGAGGAGUUAAAGGCUGCCCAGCGCCAACAGCAAUUCCUGAUCAGCGGAGAUCUGGGGCCAGGGUCCCCGCCAUCAGCCCCACCACCCACGUGCCAACAGCUGGCCCUUUGGAACAGGGGGAGGAACGGAGGAGGGAAAAAUGCAUAAACUGGAAUGUCCAACAGAAAAAAAAUCAUCAUUUAUCUAGAAGAACAGAAAUAAACAAAACGCUUUUAAACAAAAUCACAAAAUAUACAAAUAAAUCAGGUACAAAAUAAAUAGGAAAGAUUGGAAAUCUACAACAAAAUUAGAAUAAUUAUAAAAUUCACUUGUAUGACAAUCAGUAUAUGAAACGUAUACACUUCAUUCAUGAUUUCAGUUGUGCUUACUCAGGUUUAUGUACACACAUGGAAAUACUGUAGUCAGAACACUACAACUCCGGAGACCCGACAUAAUGUACAAUAUGAUACAGUCAGCAAAGACCACGUGCGAUGGGCAAUGGGACGUGGGAGGGACAGGGAAGCGCUGGGCUCAGCCACCCCGAACACGCGCUGGGCAUGGGCACAAAGCUCUGCUGGGAGAACAAGCUGAUGGUUUGUGCCAGGCUCCUGAAUGCAGGAGAAAGGUUUGGUUUCAGAGCCCACCGGCUGCAGAGAACCAGCUCGUUGUGGUUUCCCCGUGACACAGGAAGGUGCCCUCAAGUACUUGAGUUUUUGGGUUCAAUCUAUUUGGCAUCCAGGUGCAAAGCAAGCUGCUCAGCUGAAUGCACACGGACAGAGCACAAAUACUGGGUAAAGGGAUCCAGGCCUGGCUGCAGAGCAGUCACCAGGAGCCCUGCUGUACUCCCACACUGAUCUUUGGACAAAACCCGAAGGCGUUCCUUCAGUAUUGGCACUUCCAACUAAAGGCUGCUCCCAGCCUCAGCCCAAGCCCAGGCCCACCUCGGGGAAAGACUAAAGGAGAAGUGCACAGGAACUGAGCUUUGGAGGACUCCGUUAUAGGCUGGUUUCUGAAGGAAACCAGGGCCUGAAGGAAAACCUCAGGAGAGAUCACAAAAUUUUUCAACUGUAGCCAGAAAAGCAGUAGUUCGAGUACCUUAUCUGCAAGGUGCAAAAUCCCUACGGUCUGACAUGAGGAUAACAAGAAGGACACUGUCACUUUGGUAGAGUUUGAUGCUACUGACCCAAGAAAACUUUUCUCCACCACCUGCACCCAGGCCUGCUCUAGGGAACACACCCAGGGCCCAGCCAGCUCCUAACACAACAGCAUCUACACAAAUCCAACACGAGAAGCUCAACCGUACCACUGUGGAUCUGCAGCAGGCAGCUGUGUCCCCUCGCCUGGGUACAGCCUUGAGGACAAGACCAUGAAACUGAAAACAGAAGAGCAUGAGGACAAGCCCCAGGACAAGAGCAGAACACCAAGAAGGCAGCAGUGUCCCCCUGCACUGGUGCUAUCUCAGGGAUCACAGUGCAGGGCCCUGCAGCUGAUGGACCAAGGACGCCGGGGAGCAGGGUGGGGUCAGCUCCCCAGCCCACAGUGCAGGGCUCUGCCUGUCAGGUCAGGAUGAAGGCCGCUCCCUCUUCAAUGCCAUGCAAUGAUGCCUGGUUCCCACUCCCAUUUGUUAAACUUGUUAGUUCAACAACAAUCAACUCUCAGUAACCGAGGACACCAGGGACCGGGCGCUUCUUUGGCACUCUCUCUUUCACUAUAGAUUGCUCCCCACCCGCCAGUCCCAGCUUCCUACUGGCAUUGGAUAACGCAACAACUGGUACAUAGGCACUGGUUUUAAAACCACAGAUGUGUAUUAGACAGCAUAUAAAAUAGGGUACAUCUUUCAUGUGGGAAUGAUCUCUACAGUCUAUUUCAGCACAAGGAAGAUGCACGCCCCAAGCAGUCCUGGAGAAGCUGGCUGUGCUGUCCUUAGGGCAGGUACUUACACGGGAUGUUCGUCGGGGGGCAGCCCCUCACAAAGCCGCCUCUGGUUUCCUUUCCUCUGAGCUGAACUGAGCCAGAGUCCCACCAGUGCCAACCUCAUCUCUGGAACUGGGCCUGCAGCUGGGGAGCAGCACAGGGCGAUGUGUCCGUGGGUGUCACGGGCAGCUGAGCUUCCUGCAGGUGCCUGCUCCACCCGCACAAAAAGGCACUUAAAGAAAAGAAGAAUAAAAAAUGAUAACAACCCUGCGGUGAGAAAAGGGGAAUAAGUGUAGAAGAGGGGGGGGACAGACUGUGGAGCACAGCGCUGAAGGAGUGACCCAGCACAAGGCCCGCAGGUCUCAGCCCCAGGCAGGGUCUGUCAGCCCAGAGCAGCACCAUGCGUGCGUGUCAGGGCACAAGGAGCACGAGGGGCAGCAGGAACACAGUUGGGAUACGGCUGAAGCAAGGGAGGGAAGCGUGGGGAGGACAGGUGCUGCUGGUGGCAUCACUAGGCACGGCCUGCCCUGCCGCCAGCCUCCGAGCACAGCACCCAACCCCCGUGCUCUCAGCCCUGGGAAACCUUGUCCUGAGCCCUGGGGACAACAGACAAACUGGGGUCUGAGCGAGGGGACAAACCAGAGUGCUCCAUGAGCUGCAGAGGUGUCUCGCUGCGCCCACCCGAGCCCCUCUGCGCUCAGCCACGUGCUUCGUAUGAUCUCCACGUCACCAGAGCCAGUCUCGUUUGGAGAAAGAUUCUCAUUGGAAAGCAAGAACAUUCCUUCACUCUUUACAAAGAUUUGGCAAUACACAGAAUUAAAAAAAAAAAAAAAUCAUAGUUACAACAGAUUCAGGUUCAUUUCUUUAAAGGAAAUUCAACCAACAGGAGUGUAAAAGUUAUAAUUCACAGUUGUGCAUUUAAGAUAUUAGUGUUUAAAAUGUCACUUCAAAGAACUCUUUGUGCAAAAUUGUAUCGACAGUAGAAACCAUGGCGAGAUGCCCUCCCGGCCCCCAGGCUGCCACCCGCCCCACGACAGACACAGUGAGCUCAGUGGCAGCAGAGCUGACACAGGAAGAUGCAGUAUCCUUUCUGCAAGCCAAAGCCUUGCCAAGGUCUGAGGUCAAGCCCAACGAUUCCCAAAGCCACCACCAGUGCCCCAUGCCACCGCGCUGACCCACGCUCCACCAUGCACACACAUGGCACAGGUUAUGGCAUCUGAGCCCACCUGAACAAAGAAGCCAGCAGUGAGCCAGGAUAACCAGACCCCGUGCUGGCACUGCACAGAGCCACAGCAUUUCCAUCCCGGUGGAAAGAGCCGAGCUUCAGAGCGAUCUGAGAUGAAGAGGGCUCCUCUGCUUGUGCUGGCUCCUAGCACAGGGCUGGGAACCCCUUGCCUUUGUGAAACAGUAAGACUGCAAAUUCCCUGAGAACAGGGAGAAAGGAUUCCUUCCCUUCCGCUGAGAGGACCAUGCCUUGCGCUUCAAGCUAAUUUGAAGUAGCAGCUCCCAACCCCUCCGGGUCAGGUACAUAUUUUCCAUAUGAAACACAUCUACAGUCAACUAUUUUUCUGGAAAUUAUUUCACUUUCCAUUAUCAGAUCUCUAUAUAUGAUGAAAAAGUCAUGCAAAAAAAAAAAAAAAAGGCCUGGAAAUUUGUGAACAGUGCAGCAUAGGCAGAAGCAGGAGGUAUUUGCUUUGGGAUCACAAGGCUUUGGUUGGAAAUUUUGGCUUUUUUUUUUCUUUUUU